CCUUCUUCCAUUCUUCAUAUUAGGGUUUCAGAGCAACCCUACAUUGCAGCUGCGGCUCGUACUACUCACGCAUAAUCCAUGGCUCGGAUCAAAGUUCAUGAGUUGAGGGACAAAUCGAAGGCUGAUUUGUUUGCUCAGUUGAAGGAUCUUAAGGCUGAACUCGCUCUUCUUCGAGUUGCCAAAGUCACCGGUGGUGCUCCCAACAAACUCUCCAAAAUAAAAGUGGUGAGAACAUCUAUUGCCCAGGUGCUGACUGUCAUUUCACAGACACAGAAGGCCAAGCUCAGGGAAGCUUACAAGAACAAGAAGUACUUGCCUCUUGAUUUACGUCCUAAGAAAACCAGAGCCAUCCGCAGGCGUUUGACCAAGCACCAGGUAUCUCUGAAGACUGAACGAGAGAAGAAAAAGGAGAAGUACUUUCCAUUGAGGAAGUAUGCUAUUAAGGUUUAGGGUAGCUUAGGUAGUACUUGAUUUUUGAACUGGGUUUUAUUUAAAUUAUAUUUUCAUGUUUUGGAUCAAAUUGAAUUUUGGGAGUUGAAAUUAUAGUGUUCUGUUUUCUCCUAGUUUUACAGUGGUUAAAUGAAUGGUAGACAAUCUUUGUUAC